GGCAGUGUAGCUCUGCCCAUCGCGAGGACAACAUUUUCCAUCACAGAUCUGAUUCCUACUACAGAACCAGGACUGUUUAAGAACUGUACCUGUGCGUCUAUCAGCCCCCAUGGUGCUGCGAGCAAAUGCGCUUACGACGAAGUGACUGACUGCCUGCUUAAACCUGUUUCGAGGAAAGCCUGUGGAUGGUCCUAUCCGCUGGGGUUCAACGCGCUAACAUGUCAAGGUACCAGAGGACCCCCUUGAAAAACACCGACAAUGUGGUCGAGGUCAAGAGCAAAUUUGAGGCCGAGUACAGACGUUUCGCUUUGAAGAAGAGCGGCACCUGUGGCUUUCAGGAGUUUUACCGGCUGCUGCAGACCGUUCACCACAUCCCCGGUGUGGAAGUGCUGCUGGGAUAUGCUGACAUCCAGGGUGACCUGCUGCCAAUCAACAAUGAUGACAACUUCUACAAAGCCCUCUCCUCAGCCAACCCACUGCUCAGGAUCAUCAUCCAGAAGAGAGAUGUGGAUGAGCCUGUGGUCUUUGCCACCAACUCCCUGCAGAGGAGGAAAAAAGGCCUGGCAGGGUUGCUCCCGGCACAGCAGAAGACCAAACCAGGCCUGAUGAUUGGCCUUCCCCAGGACUUCCGCCAGAUCUCCUCCAUCAUCGAUGUCGACAUCCUGCCCGAGACACACCGGCGUGUCCGCCUGCACAAGCACGGUACCCACAAGCCCCUGGGUUUCUAUAUUCGGGACGGGGUGAGCAUGCGGGUCACACCUCAUGGCGUGGAGAAGGUGCCUGGUGUCUUCAUCUCGCGGCUGGUGCGUGGAGGCCUGGCUGAGAGCACAGGCCUGCUGGGGGUCAACGAUGAGAUCCUGGAGGUCAACGGCAUUGAUGUGGCUGGCAAGUCUCUGGACCAGGUGACAGACAUGAUGGUGGCCAACAGCCACAACCUGAUCGUGACGGUGAAGCCGGCCAACCAGCGCAACAACGUGGUGCCCCGGGCAAGCAGGGUCUCGGCAGGGGGGAACAGCUCCUCUGGAUCCGUAGGCUCCGCAUUCUCCCAUGACUCAGCCCCCAGCACUGCCUCUCAGAGUGUCAGUCACCAUAGCAACAGUAACAGCGUGGCGGAGGGCGACAGCGACGAGGACGGAGAUGGAGACCUUAUCAUUGAGACUGACAGCCUGCCACCUUACCUGCCCCAUCGCUGUGUGUCCAACGGUAACGGCAGCCACAGAGAGUCUCCAUUGUCCUCGUCACUGGGGCAACGGCCCCUCCCCCAGAGCAUGUCCCUGCCCAGCAGCGGCUCUCUGUCAGACAGCAAGGCCUCCCUGAGCUCCCUGACCACCCCUACACACAACGGCAGCCCCACCAAGACCAGCAGCAGCCAGGAGAGCAUGAGAGAGGAUGGGAACAUCAUCACACUGUAAAACCCGGACAUUAAUAACAGAAGACUAAACAUGCACAAUUGGAGAAAAUCAACAUAUGAACGUUAUCUGAACAUAAAACAACAAUUUUAAUUGUUACCUCAUAACAGAAAACAACUCACAACAAUGAUAAAGGCAAUGAUGAUGGCUUUACCUUAAAAGUAUCUGAUGUGUAUUCCAUGCAACUAAACACUGUGGAACCAGCAGUCAUCAUGUAAUGAACUCAGUGGUCAGUGUAGUGUGAAUCCUGAUGCCUACUUACUACAAAACACAUGAUGAUCGCUGUCACCACCACCAUAAUGGAAGUGCCUUACGGCUUUCCGCACAACUCGCCUUAUUUUUAUCACUUAUAUUUUACUUUCAAACAAGACCACCUCUCACUUCAAUUCUAAACAGUGCCGUUGGGUGUCAGUGCAAAKGUAAAGAUUGGCAGGAGAAGCAGACAGAAUGUGAAAUGUUAUGUCUGUCUGUCUGUGUGGGACAUUAACAAACAUAGCCCUUUUCUCUUGCUCUUCCUGCAUUCUGCAAUACUUCCUCAGCAUGUCCAAACAGUGUGUUCUCUUCUGUGACUGUGACAAUCAUUGCUGAUUGUGCUGUGCUGCUGGUUGUUCGCCUGCUUAGCUGACAAUAGCUUUUAUCAGAGAGGAAUAGGCGACGCGGGAGGUUUUACAAAAUCUGUCCACGAAAAUAAGCCCACAAAGUGAGGAAUUUUUGUAUGAAGGUGCAUGAGAGGGUUGAAUUUGGUCAUCAAAAAAUACAAUUGCUAAUUUGCUAGGUGAGGCUUAUUUUAUCGAAUAGAAAUUUCGUAAUGGUUAGGUUGUUACGAAUGCACUGAUAUAUGUGGACGCACGUAGCUUUUCGGCAACUUACCCAAAAACGACUUUAUAUCAGAGAAGUGCCUGUUGUCAUAGAGAUAGAUAGAGGACUCUUCAUGGAUAUAACCCCUUUUACCAUGGACAUUGCCAUUGAGGGCUUCCACCAUUUUUAAAGUAGUCAAUUGGGUUGGGAUUUUUUUGAGUUGGAGGCAAUAAGCCAAUGAAGAAAAUGUACUACUUUAAAUAGCCUAUGGUGGCACAAAUACAAAGAAGAGUCCUCUAUCUAUCUCUAUGGUCUGUUGUUCACACGCGUCUGCCCGCUUAUUGGCUAGAAUGGUCCCACCUGAUCUCGCCUCCCAUCUUUGAGGACAUGUAUUUCCAUUGUUAGUGCUCACUCAAAUAUCUUCUCAAUAUAAUAGACAGUCUUAGCUUUUAUUCCUCUGAUUAGAAGUCAUUGUGAAUUGGAUUCACAUACAGCACAUCUCGAAACAUACCGGUCUUCCUCUGCUCAUCCCCAGGAGGAAUGUCAUGGUAUUACUGUACACACAACACAACAAAGUCAAGUGAGGCUUUUACAAUGUGUGCUUUGAUCCAUGGGUCCCAUCUGAACAUCCCUACUACAAUUCAAUACACAAAGUUAUGGCAUAUCAUACUCUUUUCUAGGAAAAUAUGUAAUGGGGCUGUUAAUCAUCAUGGUGUUAGUAUAGGAAAUAGGAGGGAAAUAUGGUCCUCUGUCUCCCGAUGUAGAGGUAAAAUCAUAUUUAUUUGACUUUCAGAUAGUGACAACGUUUACACACUGACGUGGGGAAUGGGGAUGCAUUAUAGCAGUAUAUCUAACAAUUGAAUCUGUCCCAGAACCAUCUUCAAGAGAAUACCACCGUCUUAUUUACUUUACAGCCACCAAACACUUGCCUAAUCUUAAACAUAGUCAGGUGAUUUGGCUUUGUAUUCCUCUCUCAUAGUAUCUGCUUCAGUGAAGUCAGGGGUUGCUUGGAGUUACAGAGGUCCCAGCAUGAAACAUUAGAUCCUGGAGAAUUUCCCUGGCAGACUUGCUAUCUUGCUUUUAGAGAAACCAAUUCCAUUUUCCUUCAGGACAAGGUUUCUCUCCCCUGAAAAUUUGACAGAAGGGGAACACAACAGAAAUAACAUGGAGUGCUGUUGCUCCAGAAGGUCACSRCCUCUUAUAGACCCAGCUGUCUACRGGCCCACUUGUGACUGCCGUGUUUUUGUGUAAAAUAAGGAAAUUCCUUUCAUGUUUGAAAAGCCUAGAGCUCUGCACAUUGGGACCUUGUUCAUACAAUUAACUCCCUUCUUGAUAUCUAAACCAGAGGAGCAUGGAGAGGGAAGGAGGAGAGAGUUCCUCUUACUUUUGAGGCUUUGGGUAUCAUCUUGCAGUGAGAGCUGUGAGGCAGACGGUCUAAAAUCUACAAGCUUGGCUUCCCGAGUGGUGCAGCAGUCUAAGGCACUGCUUCGCAGUGCUUGAGGCAUCACUACAGACCUGGGUUCGAUCCCAGUCUGUGUCACAACCUGCCAUGACCAGGAGUCCCAUAGGGCGGUGCACAAUUGGCCCAGCGUCGCCCGGGUUAGGGGAGGGUUUGGCGGGGGGGCUG